CGAGCUCUUCAUCAUUCACGAAUGCCACUUUCUUGCGGCAACCAACCUGCGCUCGCCAUUUAUCUUUCGUUCAGGCCGCACCUCGUAGCGACCGCUUAAUGGUCAGCCUCGAGUCAUCCACAGCACAAUGGCCGCAAUCAAGGGAAAAGCGUGGCGUGUUCGUGGGCUCCCUGUUGGCUGUAACCGCGAAUGCCUACAACACCUGUGGGACGGUAUUGAGGAAAUCCCUAGUUUACAAGUCGACUCGCUUGCUCUCGAGUACGACGGAAGCAAGCAGACGGCAACUGUCAGCUUCGAAGACGACCUGGCGCCACCGAAGAAUCUGCGACUCUGCCGAGAGCAUCCUCGAGGGCGCAGCGCACUAGCUCUCGACGAUGAGAUUUUGGGUCUCACUACCCUGUUCAGACCGCCAGAGGAGGAUCACCAGCUCGAUGUCGUCGCCAUUUCCGGCCUCGGUGGCCAUGCCUUCGGCUCGUUCAAAGAGCACGGCGGCGAACACAUGUGGCUGCGAGACGCGCUGCCUGGCGACCUUGUCGGGGAGCAGACCAGCCAACCGAUGGCUCGUGUCAUGAUAUACGGCUACGCCUCGGCCGUGGCCGGCAGUACAAGCUUCCAGAAAUUUGCAUGACCUUGCCAAGAAAUUUCGCACCGCGCUUUCGCGUAUUGUCUCUAAGCAAGAACCCAUACGACCCAUGCUUAUCAUUGCCCACAGUCUGGGAGGACUAAUCUUGAAAGAGGUAUGUCUUAUCUGGAUCAAGAAUGCCCCGCAGUUUAGCCGUUCCAU